UUUUUUUUAUUUUGUUUACUUAUUCGUCCAUAUUUUUUUUCGAACUUUCAACCCCUUCUUUCCUUUUCCUCUUUCUUAAAUUAUCUUUAUCGCUUUCAUUUUGUUGACCUGUUUCCAUGUCUUUCAUUUUCUCUACAACAACAGCUAGACUAUUCUCAAGAGAAAGUAGUAGAGAAAGAGUGGCAGACUGGAUUGGCUCUGGAAAGAGAGCACACCUUAUUGACAACACCGAUAAGACUACAACAGAACCCGAUCAUUGGAAAGAUGUCCAUAAAAAUAUUAAGCAAAUGGAUCAAUUUUAUGACGCAACGUUUCAUGCAUGGCUGAAAUCAGAAGAGAACGUACUCGUUACAUCCAUUUACCUCCAUAGAAUUGCAAAUGAGUAUCCAUUAGAACGUAUUAUCAAUGCUUUGGAAUGGCUGACAACUGAUUGGAGAUGGGAGAGUACGAGCAUCUUAGUAAGGCAUGUUACUGUAGACUGGACAUACGAUGAAGGCGACAAAAAAAGAGCUACACUUUUGCGACAAUUAACACACAACUGGGCAACACAAUUUAUAGCCACACUGAUCACAACCAUUCUGAUAUCUUCGCCUUAUUCAACAAGUGGCGUUAAGAAACGUGAACGAUUCCUUAAGGAAUUCACAAAAGACUGGGACUUUUCUAAAUUGUCUGAGUUUUUCAUGUUUUUGAAAAGUAGAGCGAAUAUCGACUACAAGUUUAAAUGCGCCCUGUUAAAAGAAGCUGCUAGCAGAGACGGUCCUACCAACAAAGCCAGAUCAGAACCCGGAAAUAAUAGCAAUAAUAAUAGCAGUUCAAAUCACCAUUAUCACCAUAGAAGAACAUCCAGUAAUGAUUUUAAGGAAAUCAAGUUAACUAUACUUGAUGAAAUGGAUGGCCAUCAUCACACGGAAACUUCUUUAGAGAAUGAAAGCAAUCUUCAUGAUGAAAAACCAACCACAAAUACUACAGCUACAGAAGAAAGUAACGGUCUGCAAUUGUUUGGCAAUAGAUGUUACUCUAGUGCUUAUAUCAAUUCUGCAUCAUCUACUUCUUCAGCCAGUCUUGGUCCACCUUCAUCUACAACCACUAGUUCUUCUUCUCUUUUAUACCAUCAUCAUCAUACAAACACAAAUGGCUGUAGACUAACUGCGCCUAGCAAUGGUUCUUCAUCUUCUUCAUCUAACCAUGACAUUAUACCAUCACCUUCAACUUCUUCUUCAGACACUAACAACGAUAAAAAGCGACUUACAUCAGCCACAAGAAUUCAUCAAAAGUGAUAUUAAACACAAUAAACAAACAAACAUUGUUAUGUUGAAGUUCUCAGGGCGUAUUUAAAAAAG